CAAGAUAAUUGCUGUGCCUGUCUGAGUCGGACUUUGUGUCCUGUGUUUCUCCACAUCUUUCCAGGCGGCUGACCUGAGCAAGCCCAUAGACAAGAGGAUAUACAAAGGAACGCAGCCCACGUGUCAUGACUUCAACCCCCUCACAGCCACAGCGGAGAGCGUCUCCCUGCUGGUGGGCUUCUCGGCUGGCCAGGUGCAGCUCAUCGACCCAAUCAAGAAGGAGACCAGCAAGCUCUUCAAUGAGGAGGUAGGUUUAGCAGAGUUGACUUUAGCCAGGCUGGCUAAGAUGGGUGUCCUGUGGUUGAAUAUCAAUGUAUGUUGUUGACUGCCUACUGGGAGGAAACUGUUUUCUAAUGCAAAAUGAGAGUAAAGGUUCCGUUCCAAUAUCCAAUGUAUUAGGCAUCCAUUUAAGUGUUAUGCUAGUGUUGAUAUGUUGUUUGAAUUCAUGUCUGACAACACUGAGUUAUUUGUCUCUCCCUGACAAGCCACUGUCUCCCCCUCUCUCCCUCAGAGACUGAUAGACAAGUCUCGUGUGACGUGUGUACGGUGGGUUCCUGGCUCAGAGAGCCUCUUCCUAGUGGCCCACUCCAGCGGCAGCCUGUACCUGUACAAUGUAGAGCACACCUGUGGCACCACGCCACCCCACUACCAGCUCCUCAAACAGGGCGAUGGCUACGCCGUGCACACCUGCAAGAGCAAGUCGGCCCGCAACCCCCUACUGCGCUGGACGGUGGGCGAGGGGGCGCUGAACGAGUUUGCCUUCUCUCCCGAUGGGAAGUUCCUUGCGUGCGCCAGCCAGGACGGCUUCCUGCGCGUGUUUGGCUUCGACGCAGCAGAGCUGCACGGCACCAUGAAGAGCUACUUUGGCGGGUUGCUGUGCGUGUGCUGGAGCCCAGACGGACGAUACAUAGUGGCCGGGGGGGAGGACGACCUGGUGACCGUCUGGUCCUUCUCCGACUGCAGGGUGAUCGCCAGGGGCCAUGGCCACAAGUCGUGGGUGAGCGUGGUGGCGUUCGACCACUGUACGACCAGUGUGGAGGACAGCGACCCACCCGCUGAGUUCAGCGGGAGCGACGAGGAGUUCCACGAGCAGAUCCACUUUGGAGGGGGGCGGGACCGGGCCAACAGCUCCCAAUCACAUCUCUCCAAGAGGAACUCUACAGACGGCAGGCCAGUCAGCGUGACCUAUCGCUUCGGCUCGGUGGGCCAGGACACCCAGCUGUGUCUGUGGGACCUGACUGAGGACAUCCUGUUUCCCCACCUGCCCUUGUCCCGCACCAGGACUCACACUAACGUCAUGAGUGCCACCAGCCCCCCAGCUACUGGAGUGGCCACUACUAAUACUAAUACUAAUACUAAUACUAAUACUACUACUACUACUACUACUACUACUACUACUACUAAUAACCCACCUGGUACCAAUGGCAACAACACCAUGAGCAGUAGUAGUGGUAACAGUGGCGCCCCCGCUAACUCGCUCCCCGCCCCUCUGCCGCGCUCCAACAGCCUGCCGCACUCCUCCGGCCCCGCAGGGGGCAGUACCACAUCUAACAGCAACACGAGCAGCAGCAAAGGAAGCAGCAUCAUCGACAGCACCUUCAUCGCUACGGGCGUCAGCAAGUUCGCCACGCUAUCGCUGCACGACACGCGCAAGGAGCGCCACGAGAAGGACCACAAACGCAACCACAGCAUGGGCCACAUCAGCAGCAAGAGCAGUGACAAGCUCAACCAACUGAGCUCUGCGGCGCGGACGGCCAAGGCGGACGCCGCUAAGACUCUGGGCACGCUGCUGUGUCCGCGCAUGGAGGAGGUUCCUCUGCUGGAGCCGCUGGUGUGUAAGAAGAUCGCUCACGAAAGACUCACUGUGUUAAUAUUCCUGGAGGACUGUCUGGUCACAGCCUGCCAGGAGGGCUUCAUUUGCACAUGGGCCAGGCCUGGGAAAGUGGUGAGUCUUAACCCUUAACCCUUAGCCACUUCCAACCCCAGACACUUCAGUUUGACAUCCAACGCCUAGACACUUCUCAUAAAUCUCUGAAAAUGAUUGAGAGGGGAGGUAGGGUUUGCGACGCAGUAUCCUCUUUUGCCCACUGUGAUUCGCUUACAAGGGUGAUUAUCAAUCCAGGAUCUUGAUUUGUUUUUCUUUAUGGUAGUGAAAAUGUACCGUUUCCCCUCAAUGACACAAGUUUGAAUUCAAAUUGUUUUGCCGUUCGGAGUGUCCAAAAACCGUCUCUUCUCCGCUAACUCAUUCCCCUCUGCUCUCCUCCGCAGGGCUUACUGUCAUCUCAGAACCCGGCCAACUCUCCUAGUGGAACUGUAGUAUAG